UUGACUGUGCAAUACCCAACCAGCAGAAAGGAUGUUACAAACUAAAUUGUUAAAUUUACGUUAUAGACAGUAUUUUUACUGCAUUUGUGCCAUUACAACCGCGGCCGUCACAUCUAUUCAUGAAUCCUGGUCUUCGUCAUUUCUACCUCAACUAGAAUCGGAAAAUUCACCAGUAGGCGUUAAGUUGGAUACAAUUCAAUCAUCAACUGUCGUAAGUAUGUACAAUGUAGGCGGCACAUUGGCCAGCAUUCCUACCAUGUGGGUAAUAGAUGUUUUUGGAAGGAAGGCCGUUAUAAUUGCAGCAGGAAUUUGUAAUUUGAUAUCUUGGGCUUUAAUGUACUUCGCAAAUGGGAUAACAAUGCUAUGUGCAUCCAGAUUGAUGGGCGGAAUAGCUAUAGUAAUUUCUCUAAACUGUGGUACCAUUUAUCUUGGUGAAAUAUCACACAAUGAUAACAGAGGUCGGCUGAAUUUUCUUAUGACAAUUUUGAAAAUUCUUGGAACGGAUAUAGGAUUUAUUAUAGGGCCUUAUGUGUCCUUUAAAACAUUCGCAAUUAUUUCAGUAUGUGCCUCGAUUAUUCCUGUAAUAAGUACCUUCUUCAUACCAGAAUCGCCGUAUCAUUUAAUCAAAAAAGGAAAAAAAGAAGAAGCCAAAAAGGUGAUUAAAAAACUGGCCAAUGAUGCAUCUGACGAAGCAUCUUUUGAAAAAGAGUUUAAAGGCAUCAGUUCUUCAGUAGAAAAAGACAUGCAAAAUAAAGGAACUAUUUGUGAGCUCUUCAACUUAAAGAUUUAUAGAAAACCGCUGUUUAUGCACACCUGUGUGAAGAUGGUAUUCGUUUUUUGUGGUAAUGGCGUAAUUAAAUCGUACAUGCAAACUAUUAUUAACGCAACAGGAAGCAGUAUGUCAUCGAGCACUGCAAGUGUCAUUUUUGGAAUCGUCAAUUUUGUUGGUGCUCUAGCUUCCGGAGAAAUUGUUGAUCGUUUUGGCAGAAGACCCUUGCUCAUGGUCUCCAGUUUGUUGUGUUCUAUAAGCAUGUUAUCUUUAGGAUUAUACUUUUAUCUUCAAGACGCCACUUCUUAUAAUAUUGAUGCAAUUUCCUGGUUACCGGUUACCAGUUUGGUACUUUUUCAAGUGUUCGUUGCGAUUGGAAUUCUUUCCAUACAUUACGUGAUCGCCUCAGAAUUGUAUCCGAUCAAUGUAAAGGCUGUUGCAUUGUCCACAGUUACGUUACUGUCACAAACGUUAGGCAUUGGUCUUCAGUUUGCAUUUCAGCCCGUGAGCGAAACUUUGGGAGAAUACACCUGCAUGUGGUUCUUCAGUUUUUGCUGCUUUCUAGGAUUCCUUUUCGGACUCUUCGUACUCCCGGAAACAAAAGGAAAAUCAUUUGACGAGAUUCAGAGGAUACUCAAUCGACGAAAAAGCGAAAAAUCUAUAAACAAUAAAAAUCAAGAAACUGGAAGGUUCUAAUGAUGUAUUAUAAACUGUAUUGUUUAAAAUAAAUUUUUAUUUUUCUC